AUGCUGAAAGCUUCUCGCAACUUCUUUAUCUCCUAUCCCAACUCUCUCUUCGUCAUAAUAUGUAUCAAGUCUACGCACCACGGUGGAAUACCGAGACUGUUACCGUUCAUGGUGGGGUGGGGUGGUCUAGUGUACAGAAUGAUAAGAUUAGUGGGGUUGAUCCGCUAUCUGAAAUUAAUCGAGUCUCUCUCGCUUUCGGGCACGCCUGCAGGCCACGACCCCUCUUCCAUCUGCCCGCCCGACGCAUAUAAUAUAUACUAUCAACCACAGUCGGCCAGGCGCGGCCACUUUAUCCACGAUGCGACUCCAGACAAUCCCCGAAAAACCGAAGCAUAUCAUCGAUGCCAUGAGAGCACUUAUCGAUCAAAAAGAGACGAAGCACUUGAAAGAGGACACGGAAGGGUGGCGGCAUGGGGGGAGAGCUUCACCGAACUAGUUGCCUCACUGGAGAAAGAGAUGAAGGAAGAACUUAAACCUCAAAACCUCUACGUGGACUUCUGCACUGUGCGACAUUUCUUCAAAGGCGCGAAUAUAAAGCCAUCUAAUCCAUCAAAACGACUAUUGAUUAUCCCAAUCAAUGGCACUUCCACCCUUUCUUCUGACGCCCAACUGCCAAUUGAACUGCCAAUUGAUACUUAUUGCUAUAUCGAUGAUAAGCCGACACUUUCCGGUGAAGAUAUUGAUGUUGUGUUUGUUGUAUAUGAGGUGAAAUACGAGGAUUCAUAG